UCUCCUUCCAGGUGGCUGCACCAAUGCACCAGGGCUGCUAGCCAGCUGCCGGGCUUAGCGCUCGGAGCCGUCGCUUGCACCGAGGGGCCCCGUAUGGACCUCUUCUCCAAAGGAUCCGGCUGCUAGGGAGUAGUAGGUGCUUUGAAUAUGUUGAUUUCCCGGUGUCCUGGUUUAUUGCCCUAACUGGCUGAUCAGCCCCUGGAAAAGACAGUCUAGCACGAGAAACGUGGCCAUACCAGGACUGGCUCUAGAUUGACUCUCUCAGCUGUAGCAGCCAUUCAGGACCAUGGCAGCAGGAGUGGCAGCAUGGUUACCUUUUGCCAGGGCAGCUGCCAUAGGAUGGAUGCCAGUGGCCACAGGUCCCAUGCCAGCUGCUCCACGGCAGGAGAGGAAGCGAAGCCAGGACUCUCUGAUUGUGCUGAAUGUGAGUGGCAUCCAGUUCCAGACGUGGCUGGACACCUUAGAGCGCUACCCUGACACUCUGCUGGGCAGUUCAGAGCGGGACUUCUUCUACCACCCCGAGACGCAGCAGUACUUUUUUGAUCGGGACCCUGACAUUUUUCGCCACAUUCUCAACUUCUACCGUACAGGGAAGCUUCAUUACCCCCGCCAAGAGUGCAUCUCGGCUUAUGAUGAGGAGCUGGCCUUCUUUGGCAUCAUCCCUGAGAUCAUUGGCGACUGCUGUUACGAGGAGUACAAGGAUCGCCGGCGUGAGAACGCUGAGCGUCUACAGGACGAUGCUGAUCAGGAUCAUGCAGCCGAGAGCUCCCUACCCUCAAUGACAGCUCGGCAGAGGAUGUGGCGGGCCUUUGAAAACCCACACACCAGUACAUUGGCUCUGGUCUUCUACUAUGUCACUGGUUUCUUCAUUGCUGUCUCUGUUAUUGCCAAUGUUGUGGAGACAGUGCCCUGUGGGGUAAGCCCAGGCCGCAUCAAGGAGCUGCCCUGUGGAGAGCGCUAUGCUGUGGCUUUCUUCUGUCUGGAUACUGCCUGUGUCAUGAUCUUCACGGUUGAAUAUCUGUUACGCCUGCUGGCAGCCCCUAGUCGUUACAAAUUUGUGCGCAGUGUCAUGAGCAUCAUUGAUGUGGUUGCCAUCAUGCCAUAUUACAUUGGCCUGGUGAUGACAGAUAACGAGGAUGUCAGUGGGGCUUUUGUGACACUGCGAGUCUUUCGUGUCUUCAGGAUCUUUAAAUUUUCCCGCCACUCACAGGGGCUGCGCAUCCUGGGCUACACCCUGAAAAGUUGCGCCUCGGAGUUAGGCUUUCUCCUCUUCUCACUCACCAUGGCCAUCAUUAUCUUUGCCACAGUCAUGUACUAUGCAGAGAAAGGUUCAUCAGCCAGCAAGUUCACCAGCAUCCCUGCAGCCUUCUGGUACACCAUUGUCACCAUGACAACACUGGGGUAUGGUGACAUGGUGCCGAAGACAAUAGCUGGCAAGAUUUUUGGUUCAAUAUGCUCCCUGAGCGGGGUCUUAGUCAUUGCUUUGCCGGUUCCUGUAAUUGUCUCCAACUUCAGCCGUAUCUACCAUCAGAACCAACGAGCAGACAAGCGCAGGGCACAAAAGAAAGCCAGACUUGCUCGAAUUCGUGCAGCAAAGAGUGGGAGUGCUAAUGCCUACAUGCAGAGCAAACGAAAUGGCUUACUGAGUAACCAGCUGCAGCAGUCCUCCAGUGAAGAAGAACAGGCCUUUGUUAGCAAAUCUGGUUCUUCCUUUGAAACACAGCACCACCACCUGCUUCACUGCCUGGAAAAAACCACGAAUCAUGAGUUUGUGGAUGAACAAGUCUAUGAAGAGAGCUGCAUGGAGGUUUCUACAGUCAAUAGACCCCCAAGCCGCAGCCCCUCGCUCUCAUCUCAACAAGGUGUUACCAGCACUUGCUGCUCACGAAGACAUAAAAAGACUUACCGCAUCCCAAACACCACCAUCACGGGUAGCCGUCAAGGCAGCGUGCAAGAGCUCAGCACCAUCCAGAUCCGAUGCGUGGAGAGAACACCUCUGUCUAACAGCCGAUCCAGCUUAAAUGCCAAAGUGGAAGAGUGUGUUAAACUAAACUGUGAGCAGCCUUACGUCACUACAGCAAUAAUUAGCAUCCCGACACCUCCAGUCACCACACCUGAAGGAGACGAUAGGCCAGAGUCUCCUGAGUAUUCAGGAGGAAACAUUGUCAGAGUAUCUGCUUUAUAAAAUAAGGAAUUAUUUAUAAAUCAGAAUAAAGACCACUUGCAAGCUGAGCUCUAGCAGUGAGAAAAGAGUUCUGAAGAGUGAAGGAGCUGACAACGACAACGCCCCCUUGACGCGUGCGCCAGCAGCAACCGAUCGAGAGGUUCAGGAGAAACAAACACUUUGGGUUUCGGUGUUGUAGCGCGUUAACCCGAAUGGAGUUUCUACACACUGUUGGAACUGAUAACGCAGUGGAAGCUUCUGUGACCAUUCUGACUUACUAUAUGAGCACAAUGAAAUGUCCCCAUUGAUGCUUCUUCUUAUCAUGAGAGCUCUUUUUAGAAAAAAAAAAAAAAAAACACAAUACAAAAAAAAACCAAACCUGUGUUCCUGCUGAAUGCAAAACAAGAAACAUUUUGAUAACAUGUCUUUUUUUUCCCUGUUAAUAAACCACAAACUUGUUGAGAAACUAUGAAAAAAUGAAAGAAAAAAUGCUCAUAUGAAAUAAGUUUGUACUGACCGAAAGAAAUACAACCAUAAUGCAUGCUGAAAUUAUUUGGAGCUGUGAUCUCAGUUUAUUUAUGUUGUUUUUCAGAUUAGGCAUGAUAAAAUAUUACUGUAGAAAGGGGCAUUUCUGUGCACUUACAACAUGCUGAUUGUUAAUGUUCCAUGGUAGUUGUACAAAUAACUUCCCUUCGAAAAAUGCAGUAUUUCUUAUUCAAACACUCAUUAGUGAACUGAAGGUGUUCAGUUAGUUCAAUAUUUAUUAUUGUUUUAUCUUGCUUCCUAGGUACUGUUACAACUGCAAUAAGUCAUUGUACACCUGUUGUAUCAGGAAUCAGGAUUUUUUUUUAAUAGAUAUUUUACACAACUUCAUCUGCACUAUAAACUUCUAAUGGCAAACAUUUAAAUAAUCUUGUAGCCAAACCAUGCACCACAUAUGUGCUAUUCAGUCAUUGUUCUUUUUGUCUGCUGUCCUCUAUUUCUAUGACAGUACACCGUCCAUUCUAACAUUACUGCACUAUUUGGGAUUUCAAGGCUACUGACGAACCGGCACAGUCCUUUGCUCUGUAAACAUCUUCCCUACUUUUGUACUUUCAGAACAAACCUCUCAUCCUUGUGUACUGUUACAGUAUCAAUCCCAUUUGAGUUAAAAUUAAAACAAAGGGGUUUUUUUUGUAAUUAACCAGCACUUAUCUCCAAGCUUCCUUUGCUAACAUUUUGCAAUAUCCAGCGUAUUGGCUAUGUUGGAAGACACUGAAAAACACUCAGUGAAAAUGAUUGCUAAGUUCUUUUUGUAAGUAGCUGUAAAUUCACAUCCUAAAAUUUGAGAAUUUAUAUUGUGUUAAGAUACUUUCUUACCUAACAACACUGAUAGAAUAAAGGUUUGGGUCCCAAAGCUAUAAAAGCGUAACUGAGUUAAGUUGGAAUUUGCCUGUGAGAAUGAACCUAAAAGCCAGUAUAAAGGCUCUACGUAUUAAGGUUUUUUGGUUUUACUUUUAAGACAUUGAAGUUAACAGAAACCUUUCUAAUAAAUAAUGUCAUCUUUCUUUAUGAUGGUACAGUGAAAGAGAUAUAUUGUAAUGCUUCCUAUGUACAUGGAAUACCAUACAUCAUAUACAUCAGAUAUACCUGAAAUAUAUGCAUAUCAAUACAUACAUAUAUACAUCAAAACCACUGGAUCAGAAAUAAUUGCAUGUCUGCAAAUGAAAAUAUGCAUACAAAUCAAAAGGCUCAGUGCAUUAGAGGCCAUUAUGAUAAAUGAUUAACAUAUUUAAUAAUCUGAGUAGUGUAUGGUUCAGUACAGCAUUUAUCAUUCUACUGACCUUAAAAUCUACAGUAAAAGAAAACACCCACUUAAAACUGAAACUUGCUGAUUAUGUACCUUUUACUGCACACAAAUACUGAUAUUUCUCCCUACCUGUCAGAUACUGAAGAAUAGAUGACGGCAUAUGCCACAGUAUAUUCACCAAAAUACUAAUAUUGUCACAUAUGAAAAUUAAACUGCAAUUAAAAACAGUAUAUAAUGUAACACAUUACUCUUUUAUUGUUUGCUUAUUCAGAAACUUGGUUAAUUUGCAAUUAAAUUCCUGUUUUUUUGAAAAUCAGAAUAAUUUACUCAUUGCAAAUUGAACUUCUAAAUUUAUUCCAAAAUUGAUAGAUAGUAGAAGCAUAGAUUGUCCUCUGACAUAGAAGAUGCUCAUUUUGAGUAACUCUGCUGAAGUCAAUUACGUUUCUCUCCUCUGUUUUACCCAGUUAUAAAAUUGCACAAAAUCUGCUGAAGCUGGUGGGUUACAUAAGUUUUACUGCAGUGUAAAAGAGAGGCAGAGAGGACCUAGAGCUUUUACUUGCAUCCUACAUCUACUCAUAAUUACUCAGAAAAAAGAUGCAGCUUGAUCCCCACCCUCUGUUAAAGAAACUGUUGAUACAAAAACUGCCUUGAUAUUAACAGUCUGUAACAACUUCUUCAUGUCACAUGGUACUUGAGUAGUUACAUCAGAAAAAUAAUGCAAAAAGGUAGUUACUAAAAUCUGUUUGGGACUGACUGCAUACAGCCCAGAAACCUCCUGACUCCAUCAGGUCAUGCAUCUCUUAAGAAAUCUGGCCUCUUUAUUCUUUUUCAUAUGGACUAAAAAACCUGCAUUACAGCAAUACACUUGCAGAACAGUUAUACCCCUGAACCAACUUGUACUUUCAUUAUUAAAAUACAGCCUAAAGAAUAAUUUAGUAUGAUUUUGAAGAAUGCCAGUCCUGUAUCCUAUUUCCAUGUCACAUGCAAAAUCAUUAAUUUAUUCUGAAUUUGGGAAAUACACAUUCUUUUGGUGUUUUAGGUGAUUUAAAUGCUGUUUUGGUAGUGAAUGACUGUUGAUGACUGUGUAAAAUGCAUCUGUACUGUACAUGAAAUGUAAUUAUUUCUGUGUAUCAUACAAAGAAACAAAGGCUGUUGUUUUUGACAAUUUUGUUUGACAGUCAUAUAUCGUAUUUCAGAAGGCAGCAUAAUACAUGUGU